AUGCCAACCUUGAUAGUGACUGUUGGUUCAGGAAGUAAUUUGGAAGCCAAAGAUUUUGGUGGUACAUCGGAUCCCUAUGUCUAUGUCCGAGUGGGAUCUCAAUCCUUCAAAACCUCUGUAAAACUCGGAACACUCAAUCCCAAAUGGAACGAACGAUUUACCUUCUCCGUUUCAAAUCCUCAGACCGAUAUGGUUGUCUUUGAAAUGUUUGAUCAUGAUCUCAUUGGGUCCCAUGAUGCCAUGGGUCGUGCUCAAGCCUCUCUCAACUCUCUCCAAAAAGGUGUUCCUCAAAAACUGUCUCUUCCAUUGAUGAAUGCAAAGAAAGGUACUUUGGUCGUUGAAUUGUUGGCUCAAGACUUUGGAGUGCAACCACAAUUACAACAACCUCAAAUGAUGAUGACUGGUGGUUAUCCACCACAACAGCAACCUCAAAUAGGUUAUCCACCACAACAACCCAUGAUGGGUUAUCCUCCUCAACAACAGCCUCAAAUGAUGAUGGGAGGAUAUCCACCCCAACAACAGCCUCAAAUGACAAUGACUGGUGGCUAUCCCCCACAACAGCAACAACCUCCAAUGGGUUAUCCACCACAACAACCAAUGAUGAUGGGAGGAUAUCCACCUCAACAACAGCAACAACCUACCAUGGGUGGUUAUCCACCUCAACAACAACCUUAUGGAUAUCCACCUCAACAACCAAUGAUGAUGAGUGGAACAACAACCACUACGACAUCGACGACUGGUGGUGGUUAUUAUUAUCCUCCACAGACAACCACUCCAGUUCAUACCACUACUUCGACUCAUUAUCAUCAUAGCCACAAGUCAGGAAAACAGAUGAAAAAGACCAUGAAGAAAAUUGGUAAAUUUGGUAAAUUUGGUAAAUUCGGAAAGUUCGGUAAAGGUCUUGGAAAGUUCGGAAAGAAACUUGGAAAGAAAUGGUUCUAA